AUGGAACCGGAACCAGGCAUCCAAGAUAACCCCUGGUUCUGUGACUGUAAAAUCUCCAAGCUGAUUGAGCUUUCUAAAAUGGUUAACACACCAGUGGUUUUGAUGGACCUAUUCCUGACCUGCAGUGGACCAGAUAAUCUGGCUGGUGUCCCUUUUCAGCGUGCUGAACUUGACAACUGUGUAAAACCAUCAGUCAUGACUUCGGCAACCAAGAUCACAUCUCCUUUGGGUAGUAAUGUUCUCCUGCGGUGUGACGCCACAGGGUUUCCAACACCAGCUCUUAACUGGGCUAAGUCAGAUGGCUCAGCAGUCAACAACACAGUCCAGGAGUCACCUGGGGACGGCGUCAGAUGGUCCAUCAUGAGUUUGCAUGGAAUAUUGUACAAAGACGCCGGAAACUACAGUUGCAAAGCAAAGAAUUUUGCAGGCAACGCAGAAGCCAGCGUUUCUAUCUCGAUUGCUGGUAGCAUCAGUACCACUAUCCCUCCAGUGACCCCUAGCAUAGAAAUUAGACCAACCAGCCAAGGCACAACAUUUACUUCCCCAACGGACAUCCCCAGCUCAACCACAAUCACAUCCACAGUUCUUCCAAGAACAUCAACAACUCCCUACACUACAACUGCUACCCCUAAGAAACCAAAAACAACCCCCAGCAACAUUAUACAGAAAGGGAAACAAGGGAAAAUCCAGCAAGGAGGUAAUGGGCGAAAGCUUGCAGCAGAUGAAAAGAGCAAGAAAAUUGAUGCAUCAAAAUCUGUAAAAGACCUUAAGAUUGUAGAGGAAACAUCAGACACUGCAGUUUUGCUCUGGACAGCAGAUGGGUUAUCAAAUGAUGCCCCACUCACAGUUGUAUAUUCACCUUACGAUGAGGAUGACAGCAAAAGCACAGUGGAGACUAAUGCUGGCAGUGGAAAAGUGCUACUAGAGGGACUGUCAUCUGGAAUGAGGUAUUCUGUUUGCCUUGUAGCAAAAGGUAGUGCUGCUGGAAAAGAUCCUUGCAUUGACUUCUACACACUGGACAAUGUAGAAGAUGGUGGUCAGAACCAGCUUUUCGUUAUCAUAAGUGGCAUUGCCUGUGCUUUGGUUUUGCCUCUUAUUGCACUGCUGCUCUACAAGAUUCUCGCUCUGUACUGCAAGGGACCCAACACAAGUUUAGAUGAAGAAGAGCUUGAAAAAGAGAGCUAUGUCAAGUUUGAGACAAUUUCAAUGAAACAAAGGAACUUGAACUCUCAUCCAGCCGAGCUUUGGGCAAGGAGACAGACUCGUGAAUCAGAGCGAAUGCUGCUGUGCUCUAGGUCAAGCAUCGACUCCCAGAUGACCUAUAAGAGUGACAGUUCUCGGUCUGAGUAUCUCUGCUGA